UUCAGUUGUAAGAAAGAUAUACGAGUGUUAACACACAAAAAUUAACCAGUUAAAAGAAUAUUUUGAAAAGAAAUUUUAAAUUUUCAACUUGGAUAAAAAGAAAUAAACACAAUAGAAAAAUUUGAGUGUUAAAGAGAAAAUAUUUAUUAACAUUGAAAUAAGGUGUGUUAAUGUGUUGCGGGUUAACUAGUGUCAAGUGUAAUUAAGAGUUAAUUGAAUAACAAACGAUAAUUUAUUAAAAAUAUAUAUUUAAAGAAAAGUAAACAGCAUGUUUAAUCAACGCAAAAUAAACUCAUAUAUUCUUCUUGCCAUAGUGGCAACAAAUUGUAUUUUAAUCACAUUUGCCUAUCCCCAAAAUGAAGUUUAUCAAAGACGUUUACAACAGAGACAACAACAGCAACAGAUUUCACCAGUCUAUGCUGUAGGACAAGAAAAUGUUGCACGUAAAUAUGCCGUCAAACCAAAUGCUUCCAAGAAAGUAGCACUUGAUGAUGUUGAAGAUGACAUUGAGGGUAAUCAAAUACAGGAAGCACCAAAUGGUUUCUCAUGGUCUAAUAUGUUGGGUACCGUACUAACUAUGUUCUUUAAUGGUGCCGGUAAUUCACCCACAAAAUCGGAUGAUGUUGAUGGUUCAAUUGGUUUCGGUGGUUCACCCUGGGCUAAUGUUAUCUCAAUGGGCUUGAAAAUCAUUAACACUUUGUUGGGCGGUGGUGCUCCUAGCGAUGGUAUCGACAAGGUUGACAAUGGUGGUUCUCCCAUGCAGGGCGUCUUGGCAGCAGUAUUAUCAACGGUACUUGGUACAAAAGAUCCAGAACAAGUGAAUUCAAUGGCCAAACAAGCCGGAGAGUUUAUACAAAUCGUUAUGAAUCUUUUGGAUGCUUUGAAAACCUCAUUCUCCCAUCGUUCUUUGAAUGCCCGUUCCCUGGGUAAACGUGAUUCUGUAAGUGAUGCCACUGUUGCCGGUAUAUCCAUGUUGAAGGGUUAUGUCCGUACUUAUCGCAGUACUGAUGAGAAGUGCUUGCAACGUUAUAUGUGUGAAGCUAAUACCGAAUGUUUACGCGAAAUCGGUGGUGCCAGUAUUUUCUGUCAAUUGGGAUCCUACGCUACCAGUUAUCUUUUGGACCGCACCAGCGAUGGUAGUUUCGAUCAAAUAUACGAAGCUGGCCGCAGAGGGCGUUCUGGUUUCGAUUGCAGUCAAUUAUAUUUGGAAUGUAAUGAGGUCUAAGUCUAUUUAUCUCCAUUAACUUUCAUCACUUAGGCUUGAACUAUAGGACUGGUUUAAUAAAAAAAUCUCUGUAUUUAUUUUAAGUUAUUAUAUCCCCCCUAAAACAAACUUCCUCAGUUUCCCCCCAUUUAUAUUUAAGAAAUAUAAAUUAUUUAUUUAUUAUUAUUUAUAAUAUAUGUAUUUCUGUAUUUCUAAGUAUUAGUUUUAUAUUUAUUAUUUGUGAAUGUAGUUUGUGGAUAUCAAAAAAAUAAAUCAUUAAGAUAUCGUAAAAAAAGUGCAUAAAAUUUAAAAAAUAAGCAAUAACGAAGUAGCUAUGUAUGUUAAGUUUUUAACAGAAAAUAAAAUGAAAACUUUCGAAAA